AUGGUUUCACCGGCCAGGGAAAGUGAAGCGCCAGAGCUCAACCGCGGCGAGUUCAAGGAGCGCAUACCGGCUUAUCUGGUCUCGUCAUACCAAGUCCACCAGCCCGAUCUCGAGACUGUCUACUCUAGCAAUGGCACGACGACACAGGUGGACCCCGAGGUGAACCAUCUGGGCUACAGCUCAUAUUCGCCCAGCAAUGGCGCGUAUCCGACAAACCACAACACAUAUCAACAACCGGGUCAUUAUGAUGAUUCCAAUCAAGUAACAACACAUGGCGCAGCAUAUGGUACUGGCGGCGAGUACAAGCCAUUACCACCAGAUCAGCAAGAAAAGCAAGAUAAAAGACGGAUAUGCGGUCUCGCACUACCGACUUUUAUUUUCUUCAUCGUCCUCGGUCUGGUAGUGAUUGGCGCUUCAGUAGGAGGAGCCUUGGGCGUAAAAGCUUCACAAAAUGCCAAGGACGCACAAGAUGCAACCGCGUCUGACAGCUCAGCCACGGGCGCAGCAUCAAGCACUCUAAGCAACCAGCCCAAGGCGACAGCGACAACAACAUCGUCCUCGAGCAGCCAAACGACAGACAGCAGCGCCCUCUCGGUUCCGACGACGGAUGUGGUCGUGGCUUUUGACUGCGAUGCGCGGUCCGGACAGAACCAGACCAUGGAGAUCAGUGGCGGGCACCUAUAUGUCUACGCGGUCGAGUGCGGUGUUGACACGAUCAGCAAUGGUAACACUGGUAUUGAUUUGUUUGCCGCCACGACAUACACCUUUGAGGACUGCUUGAGGCAAUACCUGCAAAGGGGUGUCUUUUAA